GUCAGCGCUAACCCGGAAGCACUCGUGGCCGCUGUUUCCACGCGGGGCAAAAUGGCGGCGGCGCGGCGCGUGCGUUGUUGAGGAUUCGGGACGCGGGUCAGUGGGCACCAUGGUCUUCCUCACGGCGCAGCUCUGGCUGCGGAAUCGCGUCACCGACCGCUACUGGCGGAUCCAGGAGGUGCUGAAGCACGCCAGGCACUUCCGGGGGAGGAAAAAUCGCUGCUACAGGUUGGCGGUUAGAGCCGUGACUCGAGCCUUUGUGAAGUGCACCAAAGCCCGAUUCCUGAAGAAGAGGAUCAUGAGGACCCUUUGGAUUAAUCGAAUUACAGCUGCUACCCAGGAACACGGCCUGAAGUAUCCAGCAUUCACUGGCAAUUUAAUUAAGGUAUGGGUGAGCACGUGGGCCCCGCUGAGAUUCUGGACAUCUGCAGAAAUUUUCCUGCUGGGUGUGGUGGUGCCUUAUGUAGCCCCAGCUACUGAGGAGGCUCAGGCCAGAGGAUCCCUCAAGCCUGACUUCUGGGCUGUAGUUUGCUAUGCUGAUGGACUGUCCUUGCUAAAUUUGGUAUGAAUGUGGUGACCUCUUGGGAGCAGGGGACCACGAGGUUGCCUAAGGAGGGGUGAACAGCUCAGGUUGGAAAGGGAGCAGGUCAAAAUUUUCAGGUUGAUGAGUGAUGGGAUUGUGCCUGGGAAUAAUGCCAGCAACAGACUAAGCAACUUAGUGAGACUAUCCUCUACAAAAAAUUAAUAAAAUUAGCUGAAUGUGGUGGCAUAGACCUGUAGUCUCAGCUACUGAGGAGGAGUCUGAGGCAGGAGGAUCGCUUUUAGCCCAGGAAUUUGAAACUGCAGUGAGCUAUGAUGGCACCACUGGACUCCAUCCUGGGUGAGAGCAAGACCCUGUCUCAAAAAGAAUGAAGGAACCCAUGGCGGGGCGCAGUGGCUCACUCCUGUGAUCCCAGCACUUUGGGAGGCUGAGGUGGGUGAAUCACCUGAAGUCAGGAGUUCGAGACCAGCCUGGCCAACAUGGUGAACGCUGUCUCUACUAAAAAUAGAAUUAGCUGGCCAUGGUGGUGGGUGCCUAUAAUCCCAGCUACUUGGGAGG